CGCUGAGGCUCUUUUUCUCGCCCUUCCGCCGGGCCGCCGCGCGUCCUCCUCGCCCCCUCCCCGCCCCCUCCCGCUCGCGCCGGCCGUUAACUGGCACGGCUGCCCGCCGCCACCGGGCCGGCCCCGCCGCGCUGUGAGGCGAGGAGGGGAAGCGCUCGCCGCGCAGAGCACGGGCUGGCGGGGGCGGCCCGCGCGGGGACGGCGCCCGCCGCCCGCCCUCUCGUCCUCUUCUCAGGAGGGGGCGUCGGGCGAGGGGAGGAGGGCGGCCCCGUCACGGCGAGGGGGCGCGGGCGGCGAGAUGUGGGAGGAGGGGCGCGCCGGGGGCGGCCCAGCCGGGCGAGGGCGCGGUGCCCGGGCGGGCGGGGCCCCGCGCAGGCCCGGGCGCCAGCCGGAGGCCGGGGGAGGCGGGUGCCGGGAGAGGCGGGCCAGGCCGGCGGCCGGCCGCUGCCUCGUGCCCGGCACCUGUGGCCCGUCCCCCGCGGCGGGGGGCAGGGCUGAGGCCAUCGCGGGGGGAGCGUGGCGAGGACUGAAUCGUGUCUCUGUGCGUAGGUGAGCCCGAUGUCGAUUCGCCGGCUGGGCGAGGGCGAGGGGGGAGCGCGGCGGUCCCUAGCUGAUGCUGAAGAGCCGGCCCGGGGCCGGCAGCGCCCCUGGAGCCGGCGAGGCGCUGUGCGUGCGCGGGGUGGGAGAUGGACGCGGCAGAGCCCGCGGGCGCAGCGCGGGGAGACUCGUCAGCGGAUCGGCCCGGGGCGAGCCGCCUUCCGUGCGGGGACGAGGAGCCGGACAUGGAGACAGAUGAUGCGGCGGGGAAGAGCGACGGCUGCGCCUGGGAGCGGAGCCUGAAUCACGAGCUGCAGCAGGGAUACCGCAUCUUGCGCGAGUUUCUCCUGGAGAAGUACCGACCUCUGACAGCACCGUUUUUGAAGCCCCUCGCGGAUCAGGCGUCUGUCAAGGAAGAAGGAGCUAGCUCCCUCUCGGGCCCUGAGAGCAGUGACUGCCUUCAGCAGUCGCCAGCUGGAAUGUGGCUAUUGAAGAUGGAAGAGAAGUUUUCCAGUGGGCAGUAUGCAGGGAUAGCAGAUUUUGUGGGUGACUUCCGGCUCAUGCUGGAGACAUGUUACCGGCUGCAUGGUGUAGAUCACUGGCUGUCCAAACAGGCCCAGAAGCUGGAGAUGAUGCUGGAACAGAAGCUGGCGCUGCUCUCCCGGCAUUUAAGAGAGAAAACAUCGAUAGCUGUAACAUCUAGAGGAUGCUAUGGGCUGGAAGAUGAGAAAGGAACAGCAUACAUUUCAACAAGACGUCGUUCCACACCUCGCAAUUUAGUAGGCUUGUCAACAGGCAUGUUUGAGUCUGUGAUGGUUCACGUUCUAAGACAAGAGGAACAGCUGAGAGCAAAAGAAGAAAAGAGGCUGAGAGAGCAAGAAAGAAAAGAAGCAGAAGAAGCUAGUCAGAAAGAAAUAGAAGAAUGGGAAAAGGCACUUUUAGCUCAAGCAGCACCUACAAGGAUGGAGACAAUGUGGGAAAUUCCAGCUAUUGGUCAUUUUCUUUGUUUAGCACAACAGAUUUUAAAUUUACCAGAAAUAGUAUUCUAUGAAUUGGAACGUUGUCUUCUGAUGCCUCAGUGUAAUGCCUUUUUAUCUAAAAUAAUGACUUCUUUGUUAAGUCCUCCUCAUCGCAGAUCUACAUUACAUCGCAGGCCUACACUUUCUUACCGGACUUGGGAAGCAGCACUCAGACAGAAGGUGCAACACUGGUAUACUGUUGUAGGGCAGACUGACAAUCCUAAAAGUGCUGCAGAAAAACUUGGAUUGUGUCCUCAGUUUUUCAGAGUCCUUGGAGAAGUUAAUCCCUUGGAGGAAAAACCAUUUCAUGAGCUACCAUUCUAUCAAAAAGUGUGGCUGCUAAAAGGUCUCUGUGAUUUUGUGUAUGAAACACAAAAGGAUGUUCAGGAUGCAGUGCUAGGUCAGCCUAUCCACGAAUGCAGAGAAGUAAUUCUUGGUUAUGACUACUUGGAGAACGCAUAUGUUCAUUUUCCACAGUUCUGUGGUGCAGAUGUUCGGAUUUACAAACAAAAACCUUUCCAGGCUCCUGAAUUCCCAUCUCCUCCCAUCAAAGUUAAAAAAGUGUCGCGUAUGAAAUUAGAGAAAGUAAAACAUGAAUAUGUAAACAAAACCAAUGGGGAGGUCAUUUCUUGUGGUAGAGGAGAACCGCUACAUCCUUCCAAGACAGAAGUAGAGAAAAGUGUGAACUCCAUUGUUACCUGUCCAGAAAAAAGUACACAUUCAGGUAGCUUUAAAGCCACUACAGAGGAGAUUAAGUAUGAAAUCAAGACCUCAAGAGUCUGCAACAUUAAAAAACCUGGUUGCUGUAAAGAGAACUUGAGGAAUUUGAUUAGUUCAGGAGAGGUUGUUGGUAUGGGUGGUCACCCUAGUUCAGGAGAAUUAAGAGCUGUGGAGAAUGGACAAGGUUGUGCUGAAGUGGCCAGAGUAAAAGCAGACAUCAGUCCAUUCAGGGAGAACACACUGAAAGCUUGCCAAAUGCAUGUCAAUGGCACUCACUGGGACAGCCAAGGCAUAAAUUACCAUGAAUCUGCUAAAGAAACAAUCCUAGAGAACUCACUGCGAAAUAAUGAAUUAAAUAAGUUGCGGGCAAAAAAGAAGAAAAAGAAAAAAAAGUUGAAGGAUAUUUUACAUGAAAAUCUACACAGAAAACUUGAUGACUUGCAAAGAAAGCGUGAGAUUCAUCUUCAUCCAUUCAAAUCUUAUAAAUCUGAGAUCCAGAACAAGUUGUUUAUAAUUAAAAAGAAAGCGAAACACAAGAAGCACAAAUCUGGAAAAAAAUCGGUAUCUAAAAAAGCAAUCACAAAGAAGAGGAAAGGUGUCACAAAGUCUACCAUACCAGAGUUUCAGCUUAUUUGCACUAAUCUUGAUGAACUCAGGGAAUUAAUCACAAAGAUUGAGAAUGAACUCAAAGAUCUGGAGGACAUUAAAAAGAAAUCGGGAAGAUGGUACCACCGGAAGCAAGCAGUAAAGGAAUUGCAUGGUACAUUGAUGAGACUGCUUAAUGAACUGUUACCAUGGGAACCAAAGCUAAUGAAAGCAUUUCAAAGAAACAGGUCUAGACUGAAGAAGGACUAUGAUGACUUUAAAAGACAUCCAGACCAUGAUAAAUUUACCAGAGAAUUGUGCAGUAACGAUGAAAGUGAAGUUGAAUAUGGCAAAGAUUCUUUUGCAGUAAUAUGUGGUAAAUCUUCAGAGUCUGCAGAACAUGUGGAAGUUCCCAGAAAAGAUCACCCAGACAAUGAUGAAAUGAAACUAUUAGAGGUGAAUUUACCUGCAGGAAAAAGCAGAAUUCUGAAAAAAGAAUCAACUUCUAAAGAAAUACAGAAGACACUGCCCAGAUUUGUUAAACGACAGUCCAAGCAAAAUAGUUGUCUGGAUCAAAGCACUAAUGACUUUUCACCAAGGAAGAAAGCUAAGCUGGGCACUAAUGAGACUGUGGUUCAGAGUUCAGAAAGUAGCCUGCAGCCAGUUAGUUGUGUGACUGAGCUGAAACCAUUUGAAGGGUCAACUCUAGAAUCAUUUUCCUUGACAGAUGCUGCAACAUCAGUAUCAAACUUUCUGAAAGGGACCAAACCCAUCCAGGCCUUGCUUGCCAAGAGUACUGGGAACAAAGUGACCUUAACAAAUCAACUGUCACCUCCCCAAGACAUAAAUGUGUCUACUUCUGAAAAGCCACUUCUGUCACCUUUGGAAUCAUCGCUGAUAAAACCAGCGUUACCCUGCCAGACCAGUUCAAAGACUGCUUUACAAAUGGUAUACAAAAUGACAAAUGGCCACUGUGUACCAAUAGACCUUCACAACAGCUCUGUAAAAAUUCAAAUGCAACCUGUGAUUGACUCUAAAACAGGAGAAAAAGUCAUGCAACAAGUUCUUAUUUUACCUAAGAAUUUUCUUAUUCAGCAGAAGGAAGAAAAAAUGGUGUCCAAGGACACUCAGUCACUACAACAAAAAUCAUCUGAGCUGCACUGUACAACUUUACCAGAAAUAUCAAAUGCCAGUGUUUCUUUAACACCUGUUCUGGUAACAGGCCCUGCAAAUGCUACCACUCAGUCACCUAGUACAAUUUUUAACAAGAAUAGUACCCAUUUGUCACAAAUGACUGGUCCUAUGAACACUAUGCAACCAUUGCCUGCUGUAACUUCAGCAGGUAACUUACUAUCAUCAGUAACUAAGGUGAGCCAAACAGAAACUGAGAAGAUCAAGACUACAGUUUCAACUGCCACAUGCCCUCUGUCUUUGACUUCAUCUAAUCUCUCUACAGCUAGCCAGUCUUUGAUACCAGCAACAGCAUUAAGUGGGUCUACAAACACUGCUUCUACCUGUUACAGUCUGGCAUCACAGCAGACAACUGACUCCUUUGAAACUAGGCAAGAGCUGAAGACUGUGUGUGUAAGAGAAUCACAAUCUAUUCUUGUCACAACACGAGGUGGAAAUACAGGAAUUGUUAAAGUGCGAGCAAACCCAGACCAGAUUUCACCUAGUAGUUUAUCUUCUAGUUCAGUUUUCACUUACACACCUCAACUUCAGGCUUUUCUUGUGCCAAAAACCACAGCGUUAUCAUGCUCUACUCUUCCAUCUGUAGCAACAGCCACAUAUGGUCUCCCACAUACUGGACAAUCAUCUCUUUCAGGAUUUUCCCCCUCCACAGCUUCUUCUGUUAACAUUCCAGCUUUCCCAGCUGAUUUUACCCAGACAAUGGAAGCAAAUAUCAAAUUCACAUUACAGCAGCCAGCUGCUGGGGGCACUUUGGGUCAAGUAACAGCGAACUCCUGCUAUGUGUCCUCUCCUCCUUUAUCCUCCAUUUCAUUAGCUACCAAUUUGAUGUCAGCAACUCCAAACGGUCCUAUUAGUGUGACUAGCAUUGGACAAAACAACACUGUCAUAACUCCAAAUUCUUCAAUGCAGCAACAAGCUGAUACUAAAACCAAACCAAAUCCUGUUAUACAAUCUGAGUCUAUUUCAGCAGCAAAUGGAGAUUUCAUCAGUGGUACUGCAGUCCAGAAACUUACAUUAGUUACAAAUCCACCUGUUUUAUCACCCUGUGCGGCAUCAGGAGUCAGUAUUAUUCCAUCUCUGGCAUCUGCUGUUAAUGCUCAGAAGUUGCUUUUCAUUAACACACAAAUUGCCAAUGUCCCAUCAACCACCAAUCUAGUUGCAGAGUCAUUGAAACAUAACCUUCCUUCUUCCCUAAGCAAAACCUUUGUUAGUGCCACAGAGCAACCACAGGUGGUUCUGAUCCCAACUACAGUAGGAGCACGGGUAAGAAUAAAUUCAUCACCAACUGUUGCUCAAGUAAAAGAUGUGAAAAUUGGACUAAAUAUAGGUCAAACCAUUGUAAAUACUAAAGCCAAUGCACAACAGGCUGCACCAGUUAAUAUAUUGCACUCUGCCAUUUCUAAGGGAGAAGACAAAAAGUGCAUGGGCUUGGCGCUGUCUUUGACAAGUAGUAGUACUUUGGUUCCUGUUCCAAAUUUUGUGAGUCAAAGUGCUGUGUCAGUUGAUGAAUCUGUAUGUGUUGCAAAAAAAGCUGAAAAUGCCUUUACAGUAACAACAGUAAAUGCAUGCGUAGAAUCUGUUUCAGUAACAUCAAGUGGGACUUCUGGGAUGCAGCCCACUGUCUUGAUUGGUGGAAAUGAUCCCUCAAAAAUAAGGCAAAAUCUGGGUAAUCGACUGUGUACAUCAAAUAUUGGAAAUAGUGUGGGUAUAUCAACUGUAAAGACAGGACAUCUUGCUUCAUCUAUGCUGAUUUCAACAACGCAACCAACAGUAUCUCCUCAAAGCUUAGCAUCUGCUUUGCAAUUUCCAGUCAUUAGCUUGCCUGGAUCUGUAGCCACCCCCCACAAAGUGUUACAUACAGUUCCUCAGUUGACAGCAGUUCCGGCUCUUUCUCCAGUACCAAAAAGCCAGUUCCCCACACUGCUUCAGUUUCAAUCAUCAGGAGUUUCAGCUGCUCUGCCAAGUAGUGCAGUUAUUCACAAACCUCAGAGUGUGUUGCCCCCUCCAUCACCAAAUACAGGUAAAGUUACUAGUUUUUCCUCCCUACAGUGCCAGCAGGUGCCUCCCAGUAUAGAGAAACAAAGUCAUGCUUACACAUACGCUUCUACUGUUCAGAUGUCUGCAGCUUCACCAACUGUAACAAGCAAGGCAGGAGGUCAGUUGAAUGAACCUUGUAUUCAACAGAAAAUAGUUAUUAACACCUGUAUGCCUUUGGCACCUGGAACUCAGAUAAUGAUUAAUGGUACUUGUUUUGUUGUUCCACCACAAGGCUUUGGAGCUGGCAGCCAUGUUCUUCUUCUUUCUUGUAAUACGAAACAGACUUCUUUAACUAUUAACCAUAGUCAGGAGGCUCAAGGUGUACCAGCUGUUAAUCCAGUAACCUCAAAAAUCAUGCUAGCACCAAGUAAUUCAUUAAGUUGUCAAAUAUCAAAACAUCCUUUGAAAAGCUCUACAAAAAUUGUGAACUCUUUUGGGUCUGUGGAUGCUUUACCCAUUGUGCAUGCAACACCCCAGGUAUUUAGUACUCCAGCUGGCUCAUGUACUUCGCUCCCUGCAUCAGCACUGUCUAUGCCUUCAGUGAUAAAAUCUCCUGUUAAUGUUGCAGCUACGUCUUCUGUGGUUUCUGCCAUUCAUCCUCAAAACUCUCAGUUACCAAGCAACACUUCAGUGCUUCACUUGGACACUUCUAUCAAAAAACUGUUGGUCAGUCCAGAGGGAGUCAUUUUAAAUGCUAUAAAUACUCCAGCAUCAGAAGUUUCAUCUCUGUCUUCAUUACUGCCUCCUGUUGCUGUGUCCACAAGCAGAAAUCCUACAACUGUCUUCCCAACAUCACAGUCAUCCUGCCUUGACAAACCUGACAAAGCUGCAUCCUGAAUUUACUGCAAAUGAGCCACUUUGAAAUUCUGGGGAGUUCUUCUGACUUUGAAGUUAUAACUUGAAUGAUUUCUUACAUUGUUUGAAAUAGUUGAUUUACUCAAAAUUACUGAAGGUUAUAGUUCUUUCCUGUUUACCUGUGAGGCUUAGGAGGAAGAAAUAUUUAGUUUGUCAGAGAGAAGUUUCCAGAGAGUUCUUUAGUAAAAAAGGUCAUUUCUGACCAAUGAGUUCAUUAAACAUUGUAGUUUGGAGAAAUCCAGCCUUUUGCACAUGUUCCAUCUUACACUAUGGACUGUUUGCCAGUGUGUUUAUGACAGUAUAUAUCUCCUUUUUAUUUGUCAAAUUUAUUUUUUAUUUGUUUCUGUAAAAAAAAUUAUGCAUUGUAAAAAUGCAAUCUAUGAUACAGAAUUGUACAUAUUCAUGAAUUCCUAACAAUCUGUACUAAACUAUCUGUACAAAGAACUAUGCUGUCUUAUUUAUGUUUUGUUUACAUAAUGUAUAGUUUUUUAAGUAUUUUAGUAACUUUGGACCAGUGUACUGUUUAGCAGCAAAGCAGAAAAAUCUGCAUAUAAUAAAUCAAGUUGCUGUACUGCUUUGUGUUGGUAAUAGUUUAAAAAUCUGUAUAUCUGUUACACCAUGGCAGGAUACAUACGUAUACAUCCUCCUUUUUAAAAUGCAUCUCAGCUUUUGGAAUAUAGUAGAAUGAAAUUGUUUAAUCUUCUCUUUGUGGUUUGCAUUUCACAUGAUUUCAUAGGAGCUGGGAAGAAGGUUGUCUUAUGGAUACUCCUGUUAUCCUGCGUGGGGUUAACCCAUACUUCAUCCAUUCUUAAUAAUGUUUGGUUAUAUUGCCUAAAAUCUCCAGUGAUGUGGUAAGGUUAGAAAUGGUUUCCCAGACAGCAGCCUAAGUCAUGCUGCUUGCUGUUCAGGACUACCGUGUUUUGUUAUAAAGCUCAUAAGUGUGGUGAACAGUUCAUUGUUCUCAUUUUUACAGCCUUGUAUGUAUUUCCACAUAUCUGAUGACUGUAACAAGUUCACUCUUCAAUCUUCUGUCUAGCUAUAACAAGCUACCCAGUUUUUUCACCAGUCAUGCUUUCUAGAUCUGUAUUUUUUUUCUUUAGCUUUUAAUUGUUCUCCCUGGACGCAUGGUGCUAAAACUUCACACAGUAUUAAAGGAGGCCUUAUUGGUGCUUUGAGUGGGAAUAAUUCACAUAUUACAUAAAUCUUCCUUUUUUAUACAGUGUAUUCAGUAUUUGGCUUAGGUUCAGCUUUUGAUCUGAUAAAACCCCUGAGUCAUUUUCUGCGUAUCGGCUAAAUUCACAGGUGUCUGCUGCAGUGUUCAUGGAAGUAGAGAAGUUUUUUGGUAUCUUUUGAGUCUUGGCAUAUAAAGAAAGGGUGCCUAUCCAGCACCUCUUAUUUGAUGGAAGGUGAUGAUUUUAGAAAUGCUGUGUUAAAAUCUGAGGUCAUAGUCUCUGUCAGUUGCUUGGAAGAUCCAGUCUUAGGCUGGACAUCUUUGUAUGUGUGGGAUUUUUUUGUUGGAUUUUAUUUUUUAGAAUCUAGAAGGGAAGAUUUCAGAAGAACUCAUGAAAGUUAGUUGCCUUUUUAAUACCUAUGACUUCAAAGAGGGAUAAAAGCUUACAUAUCUGUAUUUAGCAGCAUUAUUAGACAGAUUUUCAUCAAGACAAAGCUUAAGCUUUUGCUCCCCAUCCUGUAGAGUUUUCUUCUUCCUUUACCCAUUUGCUCUACAUAAUUUGGCAGUUUGGAUCUUGGGUUGAAGAAUAAGACUAAAGCUUAUUCCCUUGGUGUUGGCUGCCCUUAAUAUUGUUCUGAAAAGUAACUAGUUAACUAGAGUUCAGGAAAAGCGUAGGGAAGAAAGGCUUGUGCCUUCCAUAGGUACCUUCCUUUUCUGCACUAGCUAAAAAAUUUGAGUUAGGAAGUGGCCUCAUUUUAGGUCAGCAAUCUCCAUAUUACCUCAGGGCUGGGAAAGACUGAGCUGUCAGUUUUUGUGGUGACGGAAGGUUUGGUUUUCUUUUAGAAUAAACUACCUGGUACACUUGGUAUUUCUUGUUAAAGGUGUUAUAUAAUUGGUUUUGAAGACACCUAGUAGUAACUAAUGACUGCCUCCAAUAUUAAGACUUUUUAAAUCUGGCUGCAUUUUGCAGCUGAAUGCUGCAGGUGAUUCUUUCCAGCAGGGAAGACAGCAGAGAAUGGUAAUUUCUUUAUGGACAUUUUAAGUACUCUAAAACCAUAUAUACCAGCAACACAUUUUAUUUCCAUUUCACUGGUGGAACCUUGGAACUGACUUUCUUGGAUUUUUCUCUUCUCUUACAAUGGCUGGUUUUCCUUUUUAAAUUUUAUAUUGUUUGUUGUAGACUGAAUAGCUACAUUUUUUGGAAAGGUUAAGACUAGAUUCUGCUAUAGCAGGUGGCCUGGAUGGAGAAAAAAAUCUUGCAUGAUAUUUUUCUACGUGCUUAUGUAGUAGGAAGAUUUAUGUUACAAUUAAUUCUAAUAAAAUGUGAGGAAAGCUUAAAUGAGGAACUCACAACUGAAGCUCCCUACCUGAAUGAUUUCUUUGAAGUUUUCUGAAUUAGUACAAUAAUAUUUUAGAAUUGGUUUAUAAAUAUUUUAUCAUUUGGCAGGAUAAACUUUGCCACAUGCGAAGCUGUAUUAGAAUUUUCAUGGACUUCUAUUCUCUACUGGACCCAUGUUCAGAUUCCAAAUCCUAUUGGAGAAAGGCUUGAGAUUGCUAUGUAAUGGGUUUGCAUGAUUCAUUAUUUUGUAAAAACAUGUUUUAGUUAUUUGUGUGAAUAAAAUUCCUCUUGCCAUCA